AUGGAGGAUGAGAUAGAAGUAGAGUUGGAGUCACUGGUGUCGGAGGAGAAACAAACUCCUAGAGAAAGCUUCCGAACACCCAGGGCUCAGGAGAGAAUCAAGAGGUCUACACGUGUAAAGAAUGUGUUUGUGACUUUCUUUGACAACUUCAUGACCAGGAGAAGUAACAUUGUAAUAAAUUUUAAUAUUCAGAAAUAUUUUGUUGCAGAGCCCCACAGACGAAUAAAGGCCAACGAUAGGCUAUUCAAUGCUCAAUUUAAAUACGCAAACAACAUAAUCAAGACGUCCAAGUACUCGAUACUUACCUUUCUUCCCGCCAACCUGUUUGAGCAGUUUCAACGUCUCGCAAACUUCUACUUCCUAUGUCUCAUGCUGCUGCAGAUGAUCAAGGUGAUCUCUUCACUGACUCCUGUCACGACGGCCAUCCCCCUCAUAGGAGUUCUGUCCCUCACCGCCAUCAAGGAUGCCUACGAUGACUUUCAAAGACACAAAAGUGACUCUAGAGUCAACAAUCGAUUGGCUCGUGUAGUUGAGGCGGGGGGUGCUCAACUACUGGACGAGAGGUGGUCCAGAGUGCAUGUGGGUGACAUUAUCAGAAUGGAAAAUGACCACUUUGUGGCGGCUGAUGUUUUGUUGCUGUCCACCAGCGAGCCCAACGGACUUUGCUUCAUCGAAACAUCUGAGCUUGAUGGGGAGACGAAUCUCAAGUGUCGCCAGUGUCUGGUAGAGACCGUGGGCCUCGGACAAGACAACCAGAAGCUGGGGCAGUUUGACGGGGAGAUCAUCUGUGAGCCGCCCAACAACAAACUCAACAAGUUCCAGGGGACUCUUAUCUGGAAGGGGGUCACCUAUGGCUUGGACAAUGACAGAGUCCUGUUAAGAGGCUGCAUGCUGCGCAAUACGGAGUGGUGCUAUGGAGUCGUAAUCUUCGCUGGACAAGACACCAAGCUGAUGCAGAACUCAGGAAAGACUAAGUUCAAGAGAACCACCAUAGAUAAGCUUCUUAACCAGAUUAUCAUUUGGAUAGUGUUAUUCCUGGUGAUAAUAUGCGUAUUUUGCUCACUGGCGUGCCUGUUUUGGGAGUACACGACUGGCAAGAACUUCCAGAUAUUCCUUCCGUGGUCUGUGGUCAUCCCCUCGGAGAGAAUAACAGGCCCAGUUAUCAUCUCUCUUCUCAUCUUCUUCUCUUACGCCAUUGUACUUAACACUGUCGUUCCAAUCUCACUUUAUGUCAGUGUGGAGAUCAUCCGUUUCAUGCAGAGUUUCUUCAUAAACUGGGAUGAGAAAAUGUUCUGCCCCCGUCGCAAGAUGGCUGCCAGAGUCCACACAACCACACUCAAUGAGGAGCUGGGACAGAUCCAGUACAUCUUCUCUGACAAAACAGGGACUCUAACACAGAAUAUAAUGACCUUCAACAAAUGUUCAAUCGGUGGAAAAUGUUAUGGAGAAGUAGAAAACUUAGGAGAAGAUAUCGGGAAGUUGAAAGACAAAGUGGACUUUUCAUUCCACAAGGAUUACGAGCCAGAGUUCACAUUUUACGAUGUUUCUCUGCUCAAAGACGUAAGGUCCAACAAAGCUGAGGUUCACACGUUCUUCACGCUUCUAGCUGUUUGCCACACAGUCAUGCCAGGCUCACGAAACGGAAAGCUACAAUAUCAGGCUCAGUCUCCGGAUGAAGCCGCACUUGUUUCUGCAGCUCGGAACUUCGGAUUUGUUUUCAAAAAUAGAACACCAAAUUCAAUCACUGUGGAGGUGAUGGGAGUGAAAAGUGUUUACGAGGUCCUGUGCAUCCUAGAUUUCAACAACGUGAGGAAACGAAUGUCUGUAAUCUUGCGACAAGGACACAAGUUGCGGCUAUUUUGUAAAGGUGCUGACAACGUAGUGUAUAGAAGACUGAAACCAGGCGACGAUCAUCUGAAAGGAAAAACACUCGAACAUCUGAAUAAGUUCGCUGGUGAAGGGCUAAGAACACUGUGUCUCGCAGUGAAAGAUUUGGAUGAGAAAUAUUUUGAAGCUUGGAGAAUCAAACACCACGAAGCUACAGUGUCAUUAGACAAUAGAGAAGAAAGACUUCACGACAUUUAUGAAGAGAUUGAGAACAACUUGACUCUUAUAGGAGUAACAGCCAUAGAGGAUAAACUCCAGGAUGGAGUGCAAAGAACAAUAGCAAACCUGUCAAUGGCAGACAUCAAGAUCUGGGUUCUAACGGGGGACAAGCAAGAGACUGCGAUCAACGUAGGCUACUCGUGCCAGCUGCUCAAUGAUGAUAUGGAGAUGAUGGUGGUUGAUGCAGACUCCAGUGAUGAAGUUGUUGAGCAACUGUUGAAGUGCCAGAGCUCCAUUGGCACUGGCUCUUACUUCGGACUCAACCGCAACAGCAUAGUAACAUUCAGUGAUGUGACUAGCAGUGACUACGAGAGAACUGGUGUACAAGAGCAGAGAGAUGUGGUAGAGUACGCUCUAGUCAUCAGUGGACAGUCUCUCGCACACGCACUCAGUCCUGAUGUGGAACAUCUGUUUGUCAACAUCAGCACACGCUGCAAAGCAGUGAUCUGCUGCAGAGUAACCCCUCUUCAGAAGGCUUUGGUGGUGGAACUUGUCAAGAAACACCAAAAUGCUGUCACACUGGCAAUCGGGGAUGGGGCAAAUGAUGUCUCUAUGAUCAAGGUGGCCAACAUAGGAGUGGGGAUCAGUGGCCAGGAAGGAAAUCAGGCCAUGUUGGCCUCCGACUACUCCAUUGCCCAGUUCCACUUUCUAGAAAGACUUCUCCUAGUACACGGAAGAUGGUCGUACUAUAGAAUGUGCAAGUUUUUGCGCUACUUUUUCUACAAGAACUUUGCCUUCACGCUUUGUCAUUUCUGGUUUGCUUUCUUCUGCGGCUAUAGUGCACAGACGGUGUUCGACCCGAUGUUCAUCGCUGUGUACAACCUGUUCUACACGUCGCUACCUGUCCUGGCCUUGGGAGUGUUUGAUCAGGACGUUGACGACAAACACAGCCUAACCUACCCUCGGCUCUAUACUCCGGGCCAUCUCAAUCUCUUCUUCAACAAACGGGAGUUCCUACUCAGCGCUCUCCAUGGGUUCUUCACUUCUGCCAUUAUAUUUCUUGUGCCUUAUGAAACUUUCAAAGAAGCGAUUUCCUCCCAUGGAUAUGGAGUGUCGGACUUUACAGUGUUAAGCACAACCGUUGCGACAAUCCUGGUGAUUGUAGUUACCAUCCAGGUGACACUGGAUACCUCAUACUGGACUGUGUUCAACCAUAUUACUAUCUGGGGCAGUCUGGCCUGGUACUUCUGUCUGGACUACUUGUACAACUACAUCAUCAAGGGCAACUAUCAAGGCAGCCUCACAAUCGUGGUGGAUGAGCCGUUGUUCUGGCUCACCACUGGCAUGACUGUCGUACUGUUGAUGGCGCCUGUACUGGCGUGGAGGUUCUACUUCAUUGAUGUAUGUCCUUCACUCGCAGACCGAGUGAGACUUCAGCAACGAGUAAUCAGGUCCCAAAUUUCAGAGACAAAGUUUAUACCCAACUCGUCUCGCAAGCAAAGGCGAUCUAUCAGGUCUGGAUACGCAUUCUCUCACCAGGAGGGGUUUGGCCGUCUUAUCACUUCUGGCAAGUUGAUAAGGAAGGCAACCAACAAAGCCAAUGGCAACGCAGCUUCCUCACGACUCGGCAAAGAAGGGGCCAACGGACUUCCUCCAGUAUGUCCAGUCUAUUUGCCGUGAAUCGCUG